AUGAAGGGUAGAUUGUGCGGAGACCGACAUAACGCAACCCUCAGCAGUCGCGAUCGAUUGGACGCUGAGUGUGGUUGCGUCCUUGGGCCCGCCUGGCCUCUUCCGGAUAUUAUGAUCAGUGAAGGCGCGUAUAUCGAGCUGAUGAAAAAUUGCUCAAAAUGGAACGAACGCGCUUGCAAUGAAAGGAAAGCUAGACUUCGCUAUCCAUUUUUUGACCAACAAACUGGUACAGCCCAUCGUUUCAAUCCUGUCUUCUACCGGCUCCCAUCCCAACGUUGUAAUGCCACUGAUGCCCACACCAUCGUGCAAUAUGUAACCCAACGUUGGCGACGUCGCCAAUCUGCAAACUCUUCAGAUGCAAUCGAAAUGAAGAUGUUUCUUCGUGAUAAUCCUGCUCUUGAUGCCGCUUUAAACACAACUGCAGCUUCUGCUCAAGCUGAUGCAAUCGAUACAAAUUUCGAUUAUGCGCAAGCGAAGGGGACACCGAAGGGCCUUUUUGAUUACAACGAGGAGGGUGAUGACGACGCUUCCAAUGACGACGGCGGAAGUGACGAGGACGAUUGGGGAUCUAAACGGAAGAGUCGUAAAGCGCCAGGCGGUUCAUCUAGUGGCGGGGGAAGCACAAAGAAUAAGAAGAAGGCGAGUGACUCGGGAAGAGCAGGGCGAUCAGGUGCCGCG